AUGAGCAGCAUGAGCCAAUAUGUUAAAUUAGAAAAUACGGAAAGUAGUGCACAACAUAUUCGAGAUCUUGAAGGCAUCGAAAAAAUGAUUGUUGAACUUAUGGACACAGCAGCUAAAUCAAUCAUGAGCUUAGUAUUAGACGGUCACACCAACAAUAACGAUGAAAAGACAGAAACCAUGGCAAAUAGACUUGGUCCUGAACAACGUAUUGAGAGUUUUCAAGCUUUGACAAAACAAUUUAGCGAAGUUAAUCAUGUUAUUUUGGCACUUCUUACGUUUAAGAAAAUACAAGUUGAUUUACGUUAUAAAUUUCGUCAAAUGCGGAACAUGGGAAUAACUUCUGGAGAUAUUCCAAUCAGGACAGUUACCUACGGCGAAGCUAAAGAAUAUGAGACUUGGAUGAAUGCGGCAAAAAUCUUAAGAAAAGAACUCGAGAAAAUUGUGGAGAUUGGGACCGUCGCAGGAGGGCUGCAAGAUAUGAAAAAUGAUAAUAUGGAAAUCGAUGAGCCAUAUAGAUAA